AACCCAUGACAAGAAGGACCUACCCAUAAGAUGACAUCCACAUAUUGCCUGAUGUUACAGAACAUUUGCCAGAUUGGCCCAGGACAACAGCUACGGACACUACUGGGACUCACCAUGAUGGUCAUACUCACAGGGCUGUUGUUCCUUGGUUUUAUUGUGGAACACUGGAUGGCAGGACAGGCAGGACAUCUUCCAAAGCCUAUCAUCUGGGCUGAGCCAGGCUCUGUGAUUGCCUUACAUACACCUGUGAUUAUCUGGUGUCAGGGUUCCUGGGAGGCUCAGGAGUAUCGUCUGUUUAAAGAGCAAAAUGGAUAUCCUUGGGACACUAAAUUCCCUCUGGAUACCAGGAAUAAGGCCAAGUUCAACAUUCAACAAAUGACAACCAACUAUGCAGGCAUCUAUAAGUGUUAUUAUAGGAGCACUGUUGGAGAUUCAGAGCACAGUGAUGUCCUGGAGCUGGUGGUGACAGGAGCACAUGAAAAGCCCAGCCUGUCAGUCUGGCCUAGCACUAAUGUGACAUCUGGAGUGUCCAUAGCCUUUACGUGUAGCUCAUACAUGGGAUUUGGCAGAUUCAUUCUGAUCCAGGAAGGAAAACACCACCUCUCAUGGACCCUGGACUCACAGCAUCAGGCCAGUCAGCCAUUCCAUGCUACUUUUGUUCUGACUGCUGCUACUCUUAACCACAAUGGAACGUUCACAUGCUACGGCUCUUAUAGGAAUGAACCACAGGUGUGGUCAACAUCAAGUGACCCCCUUGACCUCAUGGUCUCAGACACCAAGGACCCGUCCACCUCGCCCACUGAAGAUGGACUAGGAACACACUGGAAGAUUAUGACUGGAGUCAUGGCAUCAUUCCUCCUCCUGCUUUUCUUCAUCCUGCUCUGUCUCAUCCUCAUCCGACACUGGUGUUGGUGUAAAAGAACGCCGAGGACACAGCUGGAGCUGAGGGAAUGCUAAUCAGGCAGACCCCACCUGAUGAGGACACACAGGGGAUCCUGUACGCCCAGGUGACACCCACCAGGCUUCGCACGGUAGGAAUCCAUUCUUUUUCCCCCUGUCAGGUAACUUUUUUCUCAGGUUCAACCAAAAACACCCCCACAGCUGGGCCACGUCCUCAGUCAGGCCACGUCCACACCUGAGCCACGGUCCAUAAGUUACUAACACUAGACGCACACCUUCUUCCAACCCUGUGCCACUCCAGGACACAACACCCAAAAAGAACCAGGCUGUGACCUACGCCCAGCUCUGCAGCCGGACACAGGAAUAGAACCACAGCUGAGACCAGCAGGCCACGGAAACACUGUAGCUAUGCCCACACCCUAGCUGUGCCCACACCCGAACCAUGCCCACAGCUAAGACCAGCAGGCAUCCGACCUGGGAAGAAGACUCAGGCCCAACAUCCCACGAAUGGGAAACAGUGAUUUUCUGAGACAGCUUUUGUUCCCAGGGGACUUGGUUUGACAGAUGUGACUCACCAUCAUGACUCCCUCUCAUGUCAUCAGAAGCUUCUCAGAAUUUUGGGGAUGUACUUUGUUCUCUGUUCAGAGACAACAAAUGUCCUCAUGUUUUGUAAAUAAAGCCGAACCCAUCUCAAUAAAUGCCACACCAACCCAGGCGUAGUCUGUGUGACAAGGUGAAAGUCAUGUUGUCAGACCAGAGUUGUGUGUUCUAGGAACUUAGCCUCAUGGAGGUCCCUGGCAUCCUGCUUCUGCAAGCUGUUCUAGAGCAUUGAUCAAAUUCUGUGGAUUUGGGUUCUGUGCUUUGUCUUUCUUUGUUUAGAGUUAAGUGGGAGGAAAACGAGAAAUUUGGAGAUGUAAUGAAUCAGUUACUACAGGAAGAGUUGUUUGUGAAAAAUCCAAAUAUAGUGGAGAGUGAGAGGAUAAAAGUUCAACAGCUGGUAAGGAAAGACCAGGACGGUGUGUCAGAAGUUAAGGAAGAUAGUCUGAGAAUUCCAACAACAGUAAUGCACGGUAGGAAGUGUUACUUACUCAGAGGGUGUUGGUGGGAUCCUCCAGUAAUAGAGAAACUCCACAAAGGCUCAUGACAACAGCCCCUCCAAUGCCAUAUACAGGAGUUCAUACUGCACACCGUGUUCCAAACUGUCCUGACUGGCCGUAAAAUAAUAAUGAAAUUUACUAGCUACAGCACAUUUGCUCAGACUGCAGGUUGGUAGAAUUCUAAGAAUAGAGUGACCUCAAAUCUGGGCAGAAUUCUAAGUAUAGAAAUCUAAGUAUAGAAUUCAAGUCUGGGUUGAUUAACCACUGUCUGGGUUACAAAAGGUUCUCCGCCCCCCCCC